UUUCAGUUCACGACAGUCAACUCCCUUUCCAAAGGUAGAAAACAAAAACACAAAAAUCGAGAGAGCAGCAGAGUGACCGAACCUGAAAUUUGCCCCACAAAGAAAGAAAAAGCGGAUCUAUCGAACUUCGAGCACUCUCCCCUUUCUCCUAUUAUUUCGCCCCCCGUCCUUUAUUACCUUUUCCCGGCUAACUGGAAAUCCGUUUGAUCGAUUUGAGAGCUUCAAGAAACGAAAUUCCCCCAACUGAAACUCUCCCUCCAUUUUCCCCCUGUAGCAGCUCUUCCCAAUCUCCCAAAUUCCACCACUCUCACAUGCCGAAGAGCAGCGAUGAUGGUUCACCUACUGCUACCGCCGCUUCCUCGAUCCACAGCUCCAAGAAGGCAGAGGAGCUCCCGCCGGUCCUCAAGAAAUCCAAGACUUCAAUCUCCGACGACACUCAUUUCCCCGGUCCACUCUUCCCCGCCGUUCGCCGCUCUUCUUCCACCACUAAUUCUUCUUCUGCUGCUGCUGCUGCUGCUUUCUCUCAUCAGCUCCGGCCUCAGCUCGCGGAUCUCCGCGUCUCCGUCGGCAGUAGCAACUCCGAUUCGCCUUCCACUUCUUCAGCUGCUUUCAGUAGCUUCGGUAGCAGUAGCGGGAAUGGUCCGGGAAGCUUCGGUAGCAGUAGCGCUUUUGCGGAUCGGGAUUGGAUGUACCCGUCGUUUCUCGGCCCGCACGUGACUCGGAAUCGCGUCACGGUGAAAGGCCGGCGGGGCGGCGGCGUCAGCGGCGGCGGCGGGGUGCAGGGGAGUAAAGUGGCGGAGGUGGAUCAACAAGUAAUUGCUGCUCGUUCCGGUAGUAGCAGUAGUAGUAGUGGAUUGCGGGAGGGCAGAGGAGAGAGUAACAGUAAACUGAAGGUAGAAAGUAAAAAGAACGCCGCGGCGGCGAGUCGAGUUUUGGUGGCUCAGCCGAGUUCAGCGACUCUGCCUGAAAUGCGGAGGACUCGUGUUUCGAAGCAGCAUCCGUUCAGCUAUUACUUGCUCCUGUUCACUUGUACAUUGUCAAUGUCUUACUCAAUUCACCUGCGGAAUGAACUCGGGAGGAUAGAGGCAGAGAAUUUUAACCUCCGGAAAGGGUGUAGGGACAAAGGUGGUGUAGGUAAUGGCGGCGUCGAAGUUUUGCAGCAGGCUGAAGAUAGCUUGUUUAGUUUCGGAAGUGCUGACAGUAGAACUCUUGCUUUGUACAUUGUGAUAGUCACUCUUCUUAUGCCAUUUGCUUUCUACAAAUACAUCGAUCAUCUUCCACAGAUAAAGACACUGUCUAAAAGAAUGGAGAAUAGUAACAAGGAAGGGGUUCCUUUGAAAAAAAGAAUUGCUUACAGGGUGGAUGUUUGUUUCUCUAUUUAUCCCUAUGCAAAGCUGCUUGCUCUCCUAUUUGCAACCAUCUUUCUCAUAGGUUUUGGUGGGUUGGCAUUGUACGCGGUCAGUGAUGGUAGCUUGACCGAAGCUCUUUGGCUAUCAUGGACGUUUGUGGCUGACUCGGGGAAUCAUGCUGAUAGGACUGGUACUGGGCCAAGGAUUGUUUCUGUCUCUAUAAGCUCUGGGGGCAUGCUGAUCUUUGCCAUGAUGCUUGGACUUGUCUCGGAUGCUAUCUCAGAAAAGGUGGAUUCUCUUAGGAAAGGGAAAAGUGAAGUCAUCGAAAGAGAUCAUAUAUUAGUUCUUGGAUGGAGUGACAAGUUGGGUUCACUUCUGAAGCAACUGGCCAUUGCAAACAAGAGCGUUGGGGGAGGUGUUGUAGUUGUGUUAGCUGAAAGGGACAAGGAAGAAAUGGAGAUGGAUAUAGCUAAACUGGAAUUUGACUUCAUGGGCACAUCAGUUAUAUGUAGAAGCGGCAGUCCUCUUAUCCUGGCUGACUUGAAGAAAGUUUCAGUGUCAAAGGCCCGGGCAAUAAUUGUAUUAGCAUCGGAUGAAAAUGCAGAUCAGAGUGAUGCACGUGCAUUGAGGGUUGUGCUCAGCUUGACAGGAGUUAGGGAGGGUUUGAGGGGCCAUGUUGUUGUAGAGAUGAGUGACCUUGACAAUGAACCACUAGUGAAGCUUGUUGGAGGGGACCUGAUAGAAACAGUUGUUGCUCACGAUGUCAUUGGCCGCUUGAUGAUCCAGUGUGCUUUGCAACCUGGUCUUGCACAGAUUUGGGAAGAUAUUUUAGGGUUUGAGAAUGCAGAAUUUUAUAUCAAACGGUGGCCCCAGCUUGAUGGUAUGUCCUUCGAGGACGUCCUUAUUUCAUUCCCUGAUGCAAUUCCUUGUGGAGUUAAGGUUGCUGCCGAAGGUGGGAAGAUAAACAUAAAUCCAGAUGAUAACUAUGUGUUGCGAGAAGGAGAUGAAAUCCUAGUCAUCGCUGAGGAUGAUGACACGUAUGCUCCAGGUCCUCUUCCAGAGUUUCCUUGAUCCAGGUACGUAGAGGGUCCUUCCCAAAGAUACCUGACCCUCCAAAAUAUCCAGAAAAGAUACUGUUCUGCGGUUGGCGCCGUGACAUUGAUGAUAUGAUUAUGGUUCUAGAGGCAUUCCUGGCUCCAGGUUCAGAACUGUGGAUGUUCAACGAGGUCCAUGAAAAGGAAAGAGAAAAGAAGCUGAUUGAUGGUGGACUGGACAUUUCUGGACUAGAGAACAUCAAACUUGUCCACCGUGAAGGGAAUGCUGUCAUUAGGAGGCAUCUGGAGAGUCUUCCACUGGAGACUUUUGAUUCUAUAUUAAUUCUUGCAGAUGAGUCAUUGGAGGACUCGAUCGUUCAGUCUGAUUCAAGAUCUCUUGCUACCCUUCUCCUAAUCCGAGAUAUACAGUCGAAACGUCUUCCAUAUAAAGACAGAAAGUCAACAUCGUUCCGGCUUUCUGGGUUCUCUCACAGCUCUUGGAUUCGGGAAAUGCAGCAAGCUUCCGACAAGUCCAUCAUCAUAAGCGAAAUCCUGGAUUCCAGGACUAGAAACUUGGUGUCGGUUUCCAGAAUCAGCGACUACGUGCUGUCGAAUGAGCUUGUCAGCAUGGCUCUGGCAAUGGUAGCUGAAGACAAGCAAAUCAACCGUGUUCUGGAAGAACUGUUCGCCGAGGAGGGGAAUGAGAUGUGCAUAAAGCCGGCAGAGUUCUACCUGUACGACCAGGAGGAGGUCUGCUUCUACGAGAUCAUGGUCAGGGGCCGGCAGAGGAACGAGAUAGUGAUCGGGUAUCGGCUGGCUCAGGCUGAGCGCGCCAUAAUGAACCCUCAGGGGAAGUCAGAGCCAAGGAAGUGGUCCGUCGAUGAUGUCUUUGUUGUCAUCUCCCUGGGUGAAUGAACCAACAAUGCUGGGAUCCAAGCAUUAGCAUUAGCAGAGGUGAUGAUGACGAAGAAGAUGGUGGUUGCAGCACGACGCCUUCGUGCCUUGUGCUCCACGUUAUAGAAGUAGAUUCCGACGGAUCGACGUGAAAUCAACCUCCUCCUCAUGAUGCCUCUCUUUAACUUCUCAGCUAACGGGUUAACAUUCCAGAUUUCCAGUCAGCUCACUCACAUCUUAGCUGUAUGUCUUUGUUGUCAUCUCCCUGUUCUAACACUAGCAAAAGAGGGAGUCUGUAAGUUAAAGUCUAGACUUUUUAAUGCCAAGUAUGUAAGUACCAGGUACAAACAAGUGUUCAUCAGUCACAUUUAUGAUUCAAUCAUUCUCUAAUCAGAAUAUAAAUCAAUAUAUAUCCAGAAAUCAU